UCUCUACCGACGGAUCUAUUUGUAAACACGCGCGACGUAAGAUGGACGUGUACGAGCCCCGCAGGAAGGACUGGGAGGACUUUAAUGUGUCGCGCGAGGAACUGAGGAACCUGACCGACUGCCUGAAGAAGGAGGAGUUCCGCAAGCUAUUGAUCGAGUACGCGGAGGAGGUGUCCGAUCCGGAUAACAGGAGGACCUACGAGAGGGAGAUCACGCAGCUCGAGAAGGAGCGGGGCGUAGACGUGACGUUCGUUAACCCCGAGCCCGGUUACGUCAUUAAGACCAGCGUGGAUGGCGACAGGAAGUGCUUCCUGAACAUCAGCAAGAACGACGUGGUCGCGCGUCCCACCAGCCAGCCGUCCUACGAGCAGGGCCACCGCGGCCUGCAGUGGUCCAUCCCGUACACCCUGGUACCGCCGCGCUAUGACCUUGACAAGAGGAACGUGCGGUGCGUGGUGUUCGACGUGGUCUUCCAUCCGGACACCGUCUACCUCGCGUCCAAGAACGCGCGGUUCCGCGAGAUCGUCAAUGACACGGCGAUGGACGGCGUGGAGAGUAACUUCAAGGUGAAGCUGGACAGGAAGAAUCUCAAGUUUCCCAAGAUCAGCUUCAAGGGGAUGACGCAUCCCACUGUGAUCAGGAAACCCUCGGAAACGCCGCCGACGGAACCGCUGGACAUAGAGCCGGAAAUCUAUCAGAAGAUUAUGUCGAGUUACGACGAGAGCCGCGAGAGCCGGUUAAAGCAGAGGGAGGAGAGGCCGCAACGUGCCCCGCCGACAACCACCUAUUACGAGGCCAAGCCGCGGAUGUCUGCGGACGAAACGUACGCCACCCCCAAGUUUUCCAUAAAACAUCAGUCCGACGUGGAGCUGGAAGACUUUGCUUUGAGCCGCGACGCAAAGAUGUUCGCCGCAAUCCCCAAAAAAUUGGUGAUUACCAUAGACCUGCCCUUGUUGAAGAGCGCGAGCGACGCGACGCUCGACAUACACGAGCGGUCUCUUACCUUGAAGAGCGAGAAGCCUGCGAGGUAUCUGCUGGAUCUUCCACUGCCAUAUCCCGUUGACGGAGAUAGCGGCAGUGCUAAAUUUGACCUCAAGUACAAGAAAUUGAUCGUAACUUUACCGGUCGUUCGGCCGUUGGUGCCGCUAGGUGAAACCGAUAGGGCGGAUAACGGGGUUGACAGUGAUGAGAGCAACGUUGUAUUAGUAGCAUCCAAGGAUGAGGAGGCAGACUUACCUAGUAACAAAAUUAAAUUGGUAGAAGAGUGCGAGAACGCGUGCAUAGAUGUGGAGUUUGAUGAAGCGAACGAAGUAAGGGAUAAAUGUGAAGAUACUGCCUUACGGACUAGUAAUACGACAGGAACCGCCGAUGCGUUUAUGAAUCCUAGUGUUAAAUACAAUCUUCCAGCUUAUACCUGUAACAUUUACAAUAAUCAGCUAGCCAUUGUUAUAAACGUGAAAAAUGUGAAUCCGGAUGCGAUACGCCACAAAAUUUUAGAUGAUAACGUAGGGAUACAUAUCUUGUUGACGUCUACGGGCGCUGGAUUUUUUCCGCAAUAUUACUCGCUGUGUCUUAAAAUAGGAGACGGCUGUGUCGAGCCGGAAACUCUUACAAUUGAACCUUGGGAUAAUAAUGUUGUAUUUAGCAUCACAGUAAAGAACAUUGAGAACGCGGCGCAAUAUUUCGUCGGAAUGGAUACAGAAUUCAUGGAAGGGAAGGAUCUUCCUACGGCAGCGUCGUUCACGAACAAGUUCAAAGAAUUAAUGUCCUCUCCGAAAGGCGAGCCUCGGGUGGAAAGGCAAAUCUCCGUAGAGCCGCAAGGUGACGGUGUUGUUAUAAAUAUUCGUCCAAAUCAGCAGGAUUCCGAUGACGAAGAGGAGCACGAGGAAAGCGCGAGAGUUGUAAAGCGACGGCAAGAGAAGAAGCACGUCAUUGAGAAAGCCAGAUCGGUCUCGGAAAGCAGCGGAGACGAAUUGGCUAGCAAUAGCAGCGGCAGCAGUGUGAGAUACUCGAAAGGCAUAUUAAAGUCACGUCGCGCUCGCGAUUUCUCGCGUUCCAUGUCCGAGUCGAGCGCCGACGAAAACAGCCUACCCGCGUCGUGUACAGAUUAUCAUGAUGACCAUUACGAUUCUGUACACGAUAUCAAUUCCGAAUCGGAUUGUUCCAGUUUGAAAAAGACUGUGCGAUUUAACGACGUGGUGUCACGACAGUUGUUUAGAUCUAAUUCGAGUAUUCUUGGGCAGCGAAAGAAGAAUCAACGUAAGCUGCGUAACAAGAAACGCGCGCAUGAUCGCCGACUAAGCGAAAGUGAGAAUUCUGAAACCGAAGAGCGUGACAAAUAUAAAGUAGAUUAUAAGCGUUCACCAAAUGAGGAAGCUUCUGAGAACGUGAAACCCAUUCUCGCUCGUGAUAAGCAUUCGCAGCAACAAAGAACCGCCAAUAUAGAGAUCGCAAAAUCGAACGCCGAUGACAAACAUAUUUCACAUAAGCGUAAAUCUAGCUUUGAAGAAAAAUCCACCGAAGAUGUUCAAGCCGAUACCUCGGUUCAAUCCGCGAAAGAUGCCGUUCAAUUGGAAUUUAAGAACGAUCUGAUAUUUGACCUCGAUAUGUAAAUGCGUACUACGAGUAUCGUAAAUUGUGCAUAAUGUGAUAGGCGAGAACGUUAUUGCGACUUUUUAGUAACUGGUAACUCGAUGAUACCACAAAUUUGCAUAUAUAUAACAUUACAAUCUAUAUAUUUUAUGGUUUUAGUAUUAAAGAUAGAUACUAUUUACCAUAGAGGGGAAUAAUUUUCUAGUGCGUUAUUAGCAUAGAAAAGUAGUGACCAAGGAAACAUGGCGAAUCAAAACAUUAAUUUAUUUAAAUAAUCAACUUAAAUCAAUGAUAAGCGAAGCAUAAUAGUAGUUUCUAAUACUCCAAAUUUCUCCGUAAAAAGAAAUAGAGCGCUUUGCUUAAUAUGAAAAUUAUGCCAACUUGGGAAAUGAUCGUGUUAAAAUCCAUAGAUAAUGGCAACAUAAGAUGUUUUUAAUCGAAAUCCUAGAGAAAACUGAUCACAUCUUCGGAUGGCAUUUAAUGAAUCGGCCAAGAAAAGACGUGUUCCUUUUUCAUGCAUGUUAAAUAUUAUUACUGCCGUAUAAUGUAUGUGAUUGUACUCGCAAAUAACGCUUGAUUAAAUCAAGAAUGGUCAAACGACAAAACACAAAUACUUUCAUAGAAGUACGUACACUUUUAAUGAACAUUGUAUUGCAUAAAUCUAUGCAAGAGCAUGUUUACACCUCGUAUGUGUACAUGUACGG